AUGGCCCUCCCGCUCUCUCUCCUCACGGCCCUGGUGGUGAUCAGCUAUGGCCCUGGGGGAUCUCUGGGCUGCAACCUGUCUCCAAACCACGUCCUGGUCACCAGGGAGAACAUCGUGCUUCUGGGACAAAUGAGGAGAAUCUCUCCUUCCCUCUGUCUGGAUGACAGAAAAGCCUUCAGAUUCCCCGAGGAGGUGGUGGAUGGCAGCCAGGUGCAGGAGACCCAGGCCAUCUCUGUCCUGUGCGAGCUGCUCUGGCAGACCUCCAGAGUCUUCCUCACAGAGCGGUCCUCUGCUGCCUGGAACACGACCCUGCUGGACAAGCUCCGCACUGGACUCCACUGGCAGCUGCAAGACCUGGACACCUGUUUGGAGCAGGAGACGGGACAGGCAGAACCUGCCCUGGGAAAGAAGGACCCUACGCUGGCCGUGAAGAGGUACUUCUUGCGCAUCCGUCUCUACUUGAAAGAGAAGAAAUACAGUGACUGUGCCUGGGAGAUUGUCAGAGAGGAAAUCAUGACUUGCUUCUCUUCAUCAACAAAAUUGCAAGAAAGGUUAAGGAAGAAGGAUGGAGACCUGGGGUCACCUUGAAAUGAUUCUCACUGAUGAAUGUGCCAUAUCAUCCUUGCACAUGUAUUUCUGGUGAUUUCAAAAGGCUCUUAUUUAGGCUUCAGUUACAGAAUUGAUUGAAUUUAAUGUAGCAGUUCUUUUGGCAGAGCAUUCAUCAAGAAUAUGUUAAAAAAUUCAGGUCCAGUGUCAUGGGUCCCUAAGAGGUGACUGCCAUUGUGCUUG